AUGGGUAAUCAAGUGCUAGAUGAAAGUGACGUGGUAAAGCAUUCAAGCGAAAAUAUAGAAAAGAAAGAAAAAAUUGGAAAGAAGAAAAAAACAAAAAAACAAAAGAAGGAAGUUAAAAAAAGUGAUAUUGUUAGUUGUAUAGCAUUCCUAUCUAGAGGAAAAAAAAAAAAAAGUCUUCAAGAAAGUAACGAUGAGCAUGAAGAAAAUGAAGAAUAUGAAGAAUAUUCAAGUGAUUGUAACCACUCUGGUGCCUUAUCCAAUGAAGAGAAAGAGCUUAAAAAAAAAAAAAAAAGGAAAAAAGGAAAAAACAACAAAUAUGACGUUUUAGAAAACAUAUUUAACGAUGAAAGAGAAUAUAAAAAAAGCAUUGUUCAUGAUAAUUUAAUUUCAAAGGAUAAGAAAUAUAUUUAUGAAGAUGAACUAAAUAUUGAAGAAAAUGAUUCUAUAGUUAUAAACGGAAAAAUAUAUAGUGAUAUGGGUACUUUAGAAAUACAUGUUUUUAAUUAUGAUGAGGAUAUAUUUAAUAUUUAUGAUGAUGUUAUAAUAGAUAAUUAUCCUUUAUGUAUCGAAACAAUUCAUCAAUCCUAUUUUAAAGAAAAAAAUAUUGUAGCUGUUGGUACUCUAGAUUGUAGCAUACAACUUUGGGAUUUAUAUAACAUCGAUAUGUUAGAACCAUUAUAUUAUUUAGGAGAUAAUGAAAUGAAAAAAAUGAAAAAAAAUAAAAAGAGAAAACUUAAAACAAAUAAUAAUAUUCAUUACGAAAAGAAAAAUAUCAAAAAUAUACCAGAAGAUGAGGAACCAAAUAAUAUAUCUAAACAAAAAAUUAAGGGUCAUACUGAUUGUAUUACAUCCUUAAAUUCAUCAAAAAUAUUACCUUCUUUAUUAGUAAGUGGUUCAAAAGAUAGUACUGUUAAAUUAUGGGAUUUAAAUAAUUUAAAUAAUCUACAUACUUUUUCAUUUCAUCAAAAAAAAAUUAAUAAUUUAUCAUUUCAUUCAAAAGAUAAAAAUUUAUUAUUCUCAACAUCAUCUGAUAAAACUUUAAAAAUAUAUGAUAUAAGACAAAAUCAAGUUGCCUUAGAUAUUCAUUUAUCGAAUAUUCCUGAAGCUACUAUAUGGAAUACACACGAAGAAAAUAUUAUUUUAUCAUCAUAUAUUGAUGGGUAUAUAAAUAAAAUAGAUAUAAAAUAUAUUAAUACUUCAUCGAAUAAACCUCAAAAUAAUUAUUUGGUAAAUUUUAAGGCUUUUGAAAAUUCAUGUACCUCUUUAUUAAGUAUGAAUUAUAAAAAUCUAACCUUAGCUGGCUCUGAAGAUGGAGUAAUAAAAGCUUAUGACUUUCAUAACCUUCUCAAUGAGCAACCUCACUGCGUUUACUCAAAGAAUCUUAAAAAGAAUUUAUUUUAUAUGAAAGAUAAUGAAGAUUGGCCCAAUGUUGUCUUUCUGGGAUGUGAUAAAUUAUAUGAUUGGGAUGUAUUUGAAUGUGAAGAAAUAAAAAAAUAUUUCAAUUUAUAA